AUGAAAGGAUGCGCCAUUGAGCUGUGGAAGGCCUUGGGUGAAGAACCACAGCUCCCCAGGGAGGUGCUGCAGCAGCUGCUGGACAAGCUUCAGCAGAGACACCAGGAGGAGAAGAGUGGCAGUGUCUCUGGCUGUGGCGCUUUAGCAAUGAGGAUCAUUUACGAGGUCCUUUUCCUAUGGGGAUACCGAGAAGCCAUCCUGGAAAUGUAUCCCCAGAUGCUCAUCCUCUGCAUCAGGCAAGUGCAGUUUGUGAUGGAUCUGCACUUGCCAGGGACCUACAUGGCCAGCACGACAUCCAGCCCCGAGGAGGUAUCCAGCUGCCUCAACCCCCUAAGCACUUCGGUGGAAGCUGUGAAGACUCUUUUUUCCAUGCCCGGAUACUGGAAGGAAUUUGCCAGCAUCCAAUUUCAGCAGGGUUGGGACAUGAUAUCUUCACGAUAUUACUACUCACAGGGUGUUGGCCUGAUUGCAAGAGCCAUGAUCGAGUUUGAGAACCCUCAGCUCCCUGCAGUCUUCAGAGAGGCUGUCACCAUUGUCCAGAGUGAGAAGGAGGAUGAGCAGAGAAAUAUCGCCAUGACUUUCUGCACUGAGGUGCAAUCGUUACGGGCCCAGCUGCCAGCGAUCAUGGACAUGUUCUGUGACAGGGAUGGAGUGUGUGUCAUGGGGGCCAUGCAUAAAGCUGGAGAAAUCAUCUACCUCCUGGAUGGGGAGGGGCUUGGCUCCAUCUCCCAGGACCUUGCAGUCAGCCUUUGCCCCUUCAUUGAUGACGUAAGGCUGGGAAACACAGGAGAACCCCAUUCCCCCCCAACUCCGCCUGUCUCUGGUGCCCUUGUCUCUCUCUUCCCAUCCCCUUUCCUCCCACCCCUCAGCCCUGCCGUGGAGCCUCCAAGAGGUGCCCCUGCCAUGAGUGGGGAAUCUCCUGCUCAGCCACCUCCCUAUCAGAGCUCUUCUCCGCAAAUCUCAACCUCAGCACCAUGCUCCCAGCCCCUGCUGCAGCCUGGUCUGGGGGAGAGGAGCCUGGCACUGGGCAGAUAACCAGCUGUCUGGAGAACACCGGCCCCCAAAGAGGUGGAGAUUCUCUGUAGGAAAGAGGUGGGUCGGGAAUGGCCCAGCUCUCAGGGGCACCAAAAAGGAAAAGAACUGCUGUGUUUGGUAGCAGCAGCUCCCUGAAAGGCU